AGGUUAGUAAAAUUUUAUUUCAAAAGUUCUUAUUAUCGUUUUGAAUAUUUAUUUAAAACUAUGACAUCGUAUGAUGCAAUUCGGUAUAAUUAUUCAACGCCUCGUAAAUCGGACUUUAAAGAUGAAGAAGAAAAGUUAAGUGAGUGGAAAUUAGCCUUAUAUGGGCUAAUUUUAUCAUUGAUAGUAAUCACUGGGAAAUUGUUUCAUGGAAAUCGUGAUGAACUAUAUUCAUUAGUUUUUGAAAAGCAACUAUUCAAGCAUGGAACAUUAACUACAGAAGGAGAGCUGAUGAUGAGACACACAUGGAAAACUGUGGCAAAAUAUAGUCAAAUUUGGUUUCCUGCAAUUUGUGGAUUAGCUACUACGUGGUUUACAUGGUUGAUUGUUUAUUUGGACUCCAGAGUACCAGGUGUGCAACCACCUAGUCCCUUAUCACCAUCUAAAUACAAGUUACAGUCAGGUCACACGUUCCAUUUGAACUAUCUUUUUGCUGUAAUAGUAGGUAUUUUUGUAUUUACCUACAUGUAUGUAAAAGAAAUUUACAUACAAUUCUAAUUCAACUGCAAUGUUCAAAUUAAAUUUACAAUUGACAGUAUAUUAAUAUUAGUUGUAAGAAAUUACAUUGUUUUAAUGUACAAAACGCUAACUAUGUAUGUAUUUUUUUAAGUAUUUUUAACAUUAAUUUUAUUUUUAGUCAUGUUUUGAAUAAAUAAUUAAUUUCUCUUGUUCUGAAUAACAAUUAAGUAUGUGCAGCUAUUUGCUAUUUGUAUUUUUUUAAUGUUUUUUAUA